CUCUUUGUACACGGAGGGCUGACUGGAGAGUCUCCCGGAAGUGACGUUAAAGCGUACGUCCAGGAGCCGCUUGACAGGAGACGAUGGCCAAGGUCACCUUUAAGGUCACGCUCACUUCGGACCCGCGGCUGCCUUAUAAAGUGUUAAGCGUGCCUGAAAGUACACCUUUCACUGCUGUCUUGAAGUUUGCAGCAGAAGAAUUCAAAGUUCCUGCGGCAACGAGUGCCAUUAUAACAAAUGAUGGAAUAGGAAUAAAUCCUGCACAGACAGCUGGAAACGUUUUUCUGAAGCACGGUUCAGAAUUACGGCUCAUUCCCAGAGAUCGUGUUGGGAGAUGUUGGUCUUGGCUUGUGGCAAAAGAAUAUAAAUAGUGGACAGCUUAAUCAGUAAGCAUCUUCACUUAUGACAAAUUAGCCUUCCUUACCAGAAUGUAGAGUUAUCUUGCAAUUAUACUUCCCUGUGAAAUCAUUGCACAGCAGCAGUUUGCCUGCUAAGAAUGGCCCUGGAAGCUGGAUGCACUGCCUUGUGUCUUUCAUCUGUUGGAAGUUUUACUGAAAGAGAGAGCUGUACCAUCUUCCUAGUGGGGGAAGACUUCUAAAUGGGAGCCUCUCUCUGGUACCUGAAUACAGUUACUCCAGUCCAAUGAUUCCUUACCGGUGUGGAAGCCCCAGGGCACAUACAACACUCUGCCAUUUGCUUUCCCAUUCAUUUAGAUGGAACAUGCUGUUCUGUUGCCUGUGCCAAAGUUUCUGAAGUGAACAGGAAAACUGCUCAUUUUGUGAUCUCCCCAUUUGCAUAGGAGCACUGGAAUUGUGCUUUGGUUCAAAGACUUUUAAUCUUGCGCCAUUAGAAUGUCUGUAACUAUUUUAAGAACAUCUCCACUUUGAUAAGACUUUUAUGGUAAAUGGUUUAAGUACAUCAUUGUAUAAAUAGGAAAGCAUGGAAAUACAGGAAUUUCAAGAACUCUGGCAUUUAUGGCAUCUAUCCCCACAGUGUCUGGUAUCUUUCAGUUAAAUUCCUUGGAUUUGCACUUCUAUCAAGAAUUUUGUUCUAUAUUCCACCAAAAAUAACUAAAAUUAUUCAUUCUGUGAAGUAAUGUUGGUAGUAAGUAUUUAAAGUUACUAUACUUUUCACUGACUUGUUUAUUUAGGAUGUCAUACCAUAGGUUCAAGACUGCCUGUCUCUUACUAUGAAAUGCAUUACUGUAUUUUACACUGGACGGCUAAUAAAAUUUUUCAGUGUAUGA